AUGAAAAAUAAAUUUCUUUUUAUUUUUCUGUUUUAUAUAUUUUCAAUUAAAUUGAAUGUAGCGAUCGAGAUACCAAACCAAUUUCACAAAUCUAACCACACUAAUAACUGGGCUGUAUUGGUGGACACAUCCCGGUUUUGGUUUAAUUAUCGGCAUGUUGCGAACGUGUUAUCAAUCUAUCGUAGCGUUAAACGGCUCGGUAUCCCCGACAGUCAGAUUAUUUUGAUGAUCUCAGAUGAUAUGGCCUGCAACCCUCGAAAUCCACGUCCUGCCACUAUUUUCAACAACGCCCAUGAGUUAAUUAGUGUCUAUGGAGAUGAUGUAGAGGUGGACUACAGAGGAUAUGAAGUUUCAGUAGAAAACUUUGUAAGACUUCUUACAGGACGUGUCCAUCCAGAUACACCUCGCUCCAAGAGGCUACUUACUGAUGAAGGCAGUAAUAUACUUAUUUACUUAACUGGCCAUGGUGGUGAUGGUUUUCUAAAAUUCCAAGACUCUGAAGAAGUAACAAGUCAAGAGUUAGCUGAUGCUCUUGAACAAAUGUGGCAAAAAAGAAGGUAUAAUGAGAUCUUCUUCAUUAUAGACACAUGUCAGGCAUCAUCAAUGUAUGAAAAGUUUUAUUCACCAAAUAUAUUAGCAACUGCAAGUAGUUUAGUAGGCGAGGAUUCAUUGUCGCAUCAUGUAGAUUCUGCAAUUGGAGUAUACAUCAUUGACAGAUACACAUAUUAUGUGCUAGAAUUUUUGGAAAAUGUUCAACCUAAUAGUCAUAGGACAAUGUCUGAAUUUUUAGCGGUGUGUCCAAAGAGUGCGUGCUUGUCUACUGUGGGUGUUCGUAAAGACUUAUUUAAGAGAGAUCCUAGUAAAGUGCCCAUUACAGAUUUCUUUGGCUCUGUGAGACCAGUGGUUGUAACAACAAACCCAAUUGAAAUAUUAGAAACACCAAAGAGAAAAAUAAAGAGCAGUGUACAGAACAAAACCAAAGUAGCAGAGAAGAGAGGAUAUUUACCCCAAUUUCCAGUACAUCUAGUUCAAACGGCA